UUGAGAAACAAAAAAUCCCUCCCAUUUCAAAUUCUCUGAGUUCCAAAAUCGCGUAGUUGAAGAUCCAAUUUCGAAACCCUAGCUUCUGUUAUCGCCAUGGAAAUCCCCCAAGAAGCUGAUGAUUACAUACGAGAAUCCAUCGAUCACAGCGUCGGUCUGACGAUUUCCACCGACGCACUUCUUUCUAAACUUCGCGCGGUCGAAGCGUCGCAGUUUCAUCUCCGUCGCCAGUAUCUCUCUCUGCAAUCCAAGCUAAAAGAGAAAGAUGAAACAAUCGAACGAUCCAGGGCUGAGGCGAGCAUGAACGCGGUGGCAUUGAAGAAAUUUGUUGAGGAAAACCAGAAAUUGGCGAUGGAAUGCUCUAAUCUGUUGGCAGCGCGCAAAGAGUGGGAGAAGGAGUGCUCGCUCUACGAUCACGAUCGUGAAGUUUUGAUGGAUUUUGCGAACGAGGCAGACGAGAGAGCCAAGGAAGUUGAGGUGUGGAGUCGUGAUUUAGAGGAGGAGAAAAAGAUAUUGGAGGAAGAGUUGCAUUCCUACAAGUGUCGAUCCCUGCAGCUGGUUGGCGAGUCUACCAAUGAUACAGAAGAACAUCAUUUACUUAAUUCACUGUUCACUACUAUGUUUGGCAUGGACGACAUUCUGCCAAUUGCACAUAACUUUUUGGAGGCACAUACUGGAGUUGAAGCUUGCAACAAGUUAUUGACAUUGUGGACAAGCUUGAGUCCUUUAACCCAGAAAGUCAUAGCAUUAGCAGCAAAGGUGGAAAAUCUAGAGAAAGACAAGGACCAUAUAACGAUCAACCUUCGUAAAGCUGAAGAUGAGGUGAAUGCUCUGUUUGAAGAAAACAAUGCCCUGAACGAGGUGAAUAAAAGGCUGAUGAGGAAAUGCUAUAGUGGAGGCACUGCUUCUGCAAAGCAGAAGAAAAAAUGCAGCCCAAAGAUGAGUAGCCCAGUGGAGAAGAAGAUUGAUUCAAGUGAAGUGAAUAUGCUGAGACAGCCACUCUCACCACUCCAAUCUAACUGCAUAUGAAGUAAAUCCAGAGAUUUCAUCUUGAAAUUUCUCUUUUUGAUUGUGAAUUUGUCUAAUUCCUAACUUUUUUUUGGGGGGGAGGAAGCAAUGAUGUUUGAUGCUUGUACAUGUGAUUGUACAUUUGUGAUUGCGCUUUGGCAAAAAACUGGCCUGAGUUGGCCGGUCCGGCCGUUUGAACCAACUAAGUGUGUCACGAAAAAGCUCAUGAGAACUGCCGGAGAAUUCGAGCCAUUUUUCAUCUUCAUUUUUGCUUUGUGUGUUAUUUGUAGACUAAAUCGAGAUGUUGAUGGUGGAUUUGUAAAUGAAAGAAGAUUUGUUGUGUU